AGAAGGAUGGCGACGAUGGAGGCGGAGGGAGGAGGAGGCGGCGGAGGUUUCCCGUACUGGACGUCGGUCCGCCGGAGGUUCGACCCCGAUUCCGCCUUCUUCUCCUCCGGCAACGUCGAGCGCGAACUCCUCGCUAAGCAGGAAAAAUGGAACGAAUUGAAUCAGUGAAGCGCCUGAAUUGAUCGGCGAAGAAGGUGCGGCGAGGUGGCGAUGAAUGGUCGCGCGAUGGGGCUCCGCCCGCCUUUUGAAAUCUUGCUUGUCGAGAAUCCGGCGUCUCGAGUUUGAAUUGAGAUUGCUUAUGUUCGUCGGCUUCGCUUGCUGAGUGCCGGCUACCAGCCAAAUCACUUCGUUGUGGGGGUUGAAACUGAACCUGGAGACUCCAGGAUUGUUGAAGUUUUGUUCGUGUAAAUGCGAGUGAUGGAGAACUUUUAAGUUGUGAGGUCGAUUGAGAGACAUCCGACAUGGUUAGGAGAAUGUUGAAUAUUACUCAUCGCAUCUGUUUGAAGUUUUAGCGCAAAAUCGAGAGUACGUGGAUUAACCAAUGAGUAAGGCACAUGAAAGUUAAUGAUGUUGUUCGGAGUGGAAUCCACUGUGUGGAAAUCAGAUUUCUCGAGUUUCGAUCAUCCUCGCUCCCACUGAAGAAUUACUGAAGUUGAAUCAACCUGCCUAUAUUCCCCAAUUUGCUAGCUAAGUGCCAACUAAUUUGUUCUGGGGGUUGAAACGAGUCAUAUCAUACUUCUCAAUGGAGAGAGACCGAGUAACUAGAUGAAUUACAAAUACAAUUUGAGUUUGUCUUCUAUUUCAUGUAUGUUUUUUUUUUUUCCACUUGAUAUGCUUCUUCUAGUUUAGUACUCAUUUGUUGGUUGUUACCUUUCUUUUUACCAUAUGAGUAUUUUCUGCAGUCACUUCAGUUUUGGAAUUACAUUAUAUGUCACAUCUUGCCUUUCACUUUCUACAUAUAUUCAGGUUGCACUAGAUAUAACUGAAGAUGAGAGGUAUCAACUUCAGAACUUGAUGGAUGAGGAAAGCAGGGGAGUUUUCUGUCCAAUUGUUGGCUGUGGUGCACACUUAACAUCUUUAGAGAACUUUGAAGAUCAUUACAAUGCACGGCAUACUGCUUCUUGUUCGGUUUGCUCCAGAGUUUACCCAACAUCCAGGCUCCUCAGCAUACAUGUAUCAGAAGCACAUGAUUCUUUCUUUCAAGCAAAGGUUGCUCGUGGUUUUGCUAUGUAUGAAUGCUUGGUGGAAAGCUGUGGAUCGAAGUUCAAAACCUACAAAGCUCGACAACGGCAUCUAAUCGACAAGCAUAAGUUCCCUACUUCCUUUGAGUUUUACAAAAAGGCUCUUCCAUCUAGGAAGCAGAGGCAGAAGAACCAACGUAAGCAGGUCACUCAUAAGAAAGAGGUAGCUCCGAGUGCAAUGGAAGUGGAAAAUGAAGCCGUGGAUGAACUUGUUUCAGCAGUCUCCAAAUUAAGCACUUCGGACUCUCCUACGUCUAUCAGCUUUGGUCGCCGCCACACACGAGGCUUGCCGUUUGUCCCUCGUGCUAUUCAGCGUGAGAGAACGUAAGAACCCCUGAAUUCUAGUACAAAGGACUAAAGCAGUAGCCAUUGCGCUAAAUUGAGUUUCAGGGGAUGGACUCUAUAAUUUGUUUUGAUGAGUUUUUCCUAUUUCGGUUCUGUAUAGCAUGAGUUAUUUAACUGGCGAACAGCAACUCAAGUUUUGAAAGCCCGUUGAAGAGGUUCAUUGUUGUAUGUUAGUCAUGAUCUACAAUCUUACGUGCAGAUUAAUAGAUUGAGCUUGUGGAAGCAAUGCAUUAA